AUGCCAGGUGCUGCGCUAGACAUGUCUCUUGACGAUAUCAUCAAAAGCAACAAAAUAUCCGCCGCUCGAGGUAGAGGCCGCGGAGGCGGCGUCGGCGGUCCCCGCCCAGCUCGCCGUCGGCCCAAUCGCUCCGCCAAUCGAGCAGCACCCUACGCACCACCGAGGGCCCCGGAAUCGGUUUGGGCUCAUGACAUGUUCACCAGCAGCAGUCGAGCUUCGGCUUCUAGCAUUGAGACCGGGACAAAGUUGUACAUUUCGAACUUAGAUUAUGGGGUCUCUAAUGCAGAUAUUAAGGAGCUGUAUGCAGAGGUUGGUGACUUGAAGCGCUGCAAUGUACAUUACGAUAGAACUGCCCGGUCAAAGGGCACUGCUGAAGUAGUCUUCUCAAGACGACAAGAUGCAUUAGCUGCAAUCAAGAAGUAUAAUAAUGUUCAGCUUGACGGGAAGCCCAUGAAGAUAGAGCUUGUCGGAACAAAUAUUCCAACUGGUGGUGGUGCCGCUUUUCCAACCGCCGGUGCUUUUCGUGAUCCAAAUGCUGUUCCUCCUAGGUUUGUACUUUGGGAAGGACAAAAUUUUAACAAAGGUGGUUUCGGAAGACCACGUGGUGGCGGACGAGGUCGUGGAUUUGGAAGGGGUGGUCGUGGCAGAGGAAGGGGCCAUGUUGGGAAAAUAUCUGCCGAGGAUCUUGAUGCUGAUUUGGACAAGUACCAUGCAGAGUCGAUGCAGACAAAUUGA